AUGCAGUUGCAUUCUCUUUUGGCAUCGGACUCUGAACUUAGGAAGAAGUCCCUACCAAUGCCAAUGAAUGCAGCCGGUGUUCACUUGCAAAGGGUCAAUCAAAUGAACCAAAGAAGUUCACAGGAUUUGAUUGAGAAAGAUAUGGUUAAUAGUCGUAGUCCAAGUAAUGAAUCGGCUUCUUCUUCGCCAUUAUCUUCAAUACCCUUGUCUAAUAUGGAUAGCUUUCUUAAUGCUUUGUGGGGUUUGUCGCCGAAGGUCAUGGUGGUUACUGAACAAGAUUCAGACCACAAUGGGACAAGUUUAAUGGAGAGGAUAUCAGAAUCCUUGUACUUCUAUGCUGCAUUGUUUGACAGUUUGGAGUCUACUUUGCCAAGAACUUCUUUGGAGAGAUUGAGGAUGGAGAAGAUAUUAGGUGAGGAGAUUAAGAAUAUCAUUGCUUGUGAAGGCGCAGAGAGGAAGGAAAGACAUGAAAAGCUUGAAAAAUGGGCUCAAAGAUUUGAUUUCUCUGGUUUUGUGAAUGUUCAUUUGAGCUACUAUGCUAUGUUGCAGGCAAAUAAAUUGCUACAAGGUUACAAUUGUGAUGGUUACAAGAUCAAGGAAGAGAAUGGUUGCGUAGUGAUUUGCUGGCAAGAUCGACCCCUUUUAGCGGUAUCAGCUUGGAGAUUUAGGAGGGGAAUUCAUGACUGAUUUACCAUAUACAUUUUGUUAAAUCUUCUUCUGCUGUUGUUAAUUAAGGGCAAAUCUUGGUUUUGUUGCAUGUAGAAAUGGAUGGUUAUAGACUUUGUAAAUUCUUUGUUGUUUUCAAGAUCUGUAUGAACUUGGAAGUUUUAUCGAGUAGAUUUUUUGUAACUAAUUUCUUAUA